GCAACAUCAACGUAGUGCGCGUUGGGUGCAGAGUUUUGGUUUGUGAACAAGAUUUUUGUACUGUGCAGUUGUGUGUUAAAAGUAUGCUAGUUAACUAGUCAACUAGCUAUGUAUUUUCGCCAGUUUUUGCGGAUACGUUACGUCGGGACCGGAACAGCUCACCUCAACCGUUUGCACCGUGUUUGUCGAGCCGAGAGACCACUGUGCACCAAGAGUGACGAGGUGAGACUUGCAGAGGAGGCGAGCAAGAAGUACGGCUCCCCAGCUCCAACCAUCUUCUCCAAAGUGAUUGACAAAAGCAUCCCUGCAGAUAUCAUUUAUGAAGAUGAGAAGUGUUUGGCAUUCAGGGAUAUCAGCCCGCAGGCCCCUGUUCAUUUCUUGGUCAUUCCAAGGGUUCCUAUUCCCAGAAUAAGUGAGGCCAAGGACGAUGAUGCUGAGCUCUUGGGACAUUUGUUGGUUGUCGCCAAAAAUGUGGCAAAGCAACAAUCUCUAGAUGAAGGAUACAGAGUGGUGAUCAACGACGGAAAGCACGGUGCUCAGUCAGUUUACCACCUUCACGUCCACGUACUGGGAGGAAGACAAAUGACUUGGCCACCAGGAUAAUGGUGUCAUGUUCAUGUUAAUGUGUACUUUUAUGUGUUUAAUCCCAUGAGCAACAUAUGAUGGGUGUAGUUCAUGCAAAAGUUUGUAUUCUCCUGCACAAAAAACUCACUUCACCACACAAAAUAUGAAAUGUAAAUAUGUUGAUUUUAACAAAUGUAAAAAAAAAAAUUAAAAAAAAUUGUAAAAAUGAAGAUAUGGCUGCAAAUAAAGAUGCUGUUUCCAAAAAUGGAAGCUGAAAACUCAA